GCACUGUGAUGUCCGCGACCGACUGGUACGCGCACAAGUCGCUCGAAAACGGCUUGUUUUGGAUCCAGGAGCGUUUCUACGAAUCGGGAAACAGGGCGAACAUCUGGCUAAUCCGCGGAUCUCACCAGGACGUGCUAAUCGACGCUGGCCUCGGCCUGCGCAGCCUGCCUGACUACAUCAACGCGAAGGGCCUGCUGGGAGACGACGCCAAGCGUAAAAAUCCGCUCCUGGCGAUCGGGACGCAUGUGCACUUCGACCACGCCGGCGGCCUGCACCAGUUCCAACAGGUGGGCGUGCACGAAGCCGAGGUCGAUGCCCUGGCGAACGGCGACAACUUCGAGGCGGUGACAUGGCUCUCGGACAGGGAGAUCGUGGAGACUCCGUCCCCGGGCUGGACGGCCAGGCAGUACCGAGUGAAAGCCGUGCAGCCCACUCACAUACUACAGGAAGGUGAUGUCAUCAACCUCGGGGAUCGGCAGCUAAUGGUGCUCCACAUGCCGGGCCACUCCAGAGGUAGCAUCUGCCUCCAUGACAAGGACAACAAGUUACUGUUCAGUGGGGACGUGGUCUACGAUGGCUCCAUGAUCGACUGGCUGCCCUACAGCGCUGUCGGCGACUAUGUGCGUAGCUGCCAGAGGCUGAUGGAGAUGGUGGAUAAGGAGGAAGUGGAGCAGAUUAUGCCGGGCCACUAUAAUGCCUUUGGGGCCAAGAGGCUUCACCGAUUGGCCUCCACCUACAUCUCCAGCGUAGGAACCUGCCACAAGUUGACUACCUGUGCAGUGAAGUCUGUAGCCAGCUUGGCACUUCGAGCUUCCAACUCCUGCUGUGCCUGUUUCUAGUCAUCAAAACUAUACUGCAACAAUAUGCAGCUCAAAUUCAGCACUAAGCAAUAAGGAUCAUCUGUAUUCGGAGGUGUAAGUGUUGGAUGUAAUGUUUGUUGGAUACUCAGCUAACUGGAAUUAAAAUGAAGACAAUUAGAAGGCAUAGCUACUCUUCAGUUCAUCACUAAACCCAAACAAUUAAGGAGUAAAGACUAAAGCUGGCAGGUAUCCCAGUACGUCUUUAGCUUAAAAGCUCUUUACAGAGUAGCAUGGAUUAUCACCCCAUGCUAAUUAAAGUUUUAGUAUUAUUGAGAUACAUUUACUGUUUGACAUUUCUUUAUGUUCAAAAACAUAUCUAUUGAGGCCAUUUUUCUUUAAACCACAUUUUAUCCACACUAAAACGUCAUUACUUUUACGCUUUCUUGCAAAUGUUGCUAAAACUACAGUCGUCCAUCUUGCUUUUCACAAUACAUUAUUAAACAAGUAAAAAAUUCCUGAGGGAGCUGUUAUAGGAAAAUAAACAAUCAUGGGCUGGUGUGAUGCAAUGUAAAGGGCAGUUCUCCCCAAUUUUAGUCUUCCACACCAAUCAGGCCUUACCUAUCAUAUGACACAGCUAUCGACCAGGAAGGGUGCUUUUUCCAUGGUCUUCCUUUUGAGACUUGAUGUCAGUGAACUGCUGUUAGUGAGGAUUAAAUGCUGUCCACCCUCUUCCCCAUACAUUAUACGUUCACGAAUAGCUAGUGUCGCUGUGAUUGACAGGGAAGACUGAGUACCCCUCUAUUCCCACCUAGACACAGCCAGUUCUGUGAGGGAUGUAGUGUGGGAUCGUCAAGAUUCAAACUUGCAAUCAAAAGAUAUGAUAAGGCGAAUUAUUUUCUCUUGUAAAAAAAUUUGGAAGACAAUCCGAACAAGUUUUUAUUUAUUAUAGGGUGGCAUGGCGUACUUUAAAUAUGCUUAUAGGUACUUUUAGGGUUGUGAGACAAGUUGUUUUCCCUUAUUACUUGCGUCAAAACAGCUAUAACCUGUUGAUCCGUCAACCUCUCUUUAUGUAUUCGUUUGUCAAAUUUAUGACUUGAAUUUGGACCAUUACAAAGUGCUGAUACUGGAGACUCAUUCCAUGCUCACGGAAAGCUUCAUAUCAACACUUUUUUAUGUAGCAGAUUUUUUACGAUUAAGUGUCGUUUUUUUAUGAUUCUUUAUGGUGGUGUUUAAUUUAAUUUUUAAGAAAUCAGUAGCAUUUGGCCUACAAAUAUUUAUAUUGUAUAUUUAAAGUAUACUGUACAAGAUGGCUGGCCAGACAGUUCUUUCGUAUAAUUUGUGUCCUUAUUUCAUUUCUUCAGAAUGUAAUCCAGAAAAGCCCUCAAUCUGCUCUUCACUUGGGACAGACCUUAUCUCUAGAGCACUUUAAAGCCAACACUGUCAGAAAAUCCCAUUUAACAGGAUUACCUACUUAGACAACAUCGUCCAAACGGAACUGUAGGCUUGUCAAUAUAUUUAAGCAAUAUUGCAUAAGCAAGAGUGAAGUUAUAACUAAUGAUUACACGUUUGUAAGUGUAGUAUUGCUUUUCUGCAAUCGUUCUAUAAACAAGAAAUUGUAACUAUAAAAGUAACUGACUUUUCAGAAACAAUAUGUUUGAAUGUCUUAUUUCCGCUAGCAGAAUAGGUACUCAAAAUGCUACAUUUGCUUUAUAGGAUGUCAGCUAGCUAGCACACAACGCUUUGUACUGUUAAAGAUGCUUCUGGUGAAAAGUGGUUUCCCUUCUUUCUUCUCAUUUUCGUCUGUAGGUCUUUAUAAUGCAACUUUCGACUUAAAAUAUAUUCAUAAAAUAAAACGUAUAAUUCGCCAUGUCUGCUAUUGAGGUCACUACCACUACUAUAGUAAAUUAGAAAGUGGAAACAUCCUGGUGUGUUUAUUCAAAAUACAGAAUGAGCACUCUUGGAACCCUGGUCCGCUAAUCCGAUUAAUAAAUCAGCACAAACUGUUAAAUAUUGAAUGAUUAUAGAUACUACAGUAAAGCAUAAUAUAGCUUUUGUGCCAUGUACAGUUGAUACUGCUGCAAGUGUACACUACAGUGACUUUCUAUAUGCAAAAGCCUUGAAAACCUGCAGCAUGCGAAGUGGUUGGUGACACAAUUCGCAUCACCAUAGCAACUAUUGAAUGAACUGAAUCCAACACAACAUCUAUUCUAAUUCGUGACUUAAAAAGCUUACAUGAAAAAAAAUAAAAAAGGCUGCCAUUGGCAUGAACUUAUCAACGUGAGCCUCAUGUUCAUCUUUAAUCCAAGUCAGUUGAGUAUCUCACAGAAUUACAAAUCCAGAACAUCUGCAGCACAUCUGCAUAUUAGACCAUUUGGAUGCCAUCAAAUACGGAAGGAAAUUCCAGAAAGUGUUGCAAAAGUGUUAAAGAUUCUAUCGUAGGAUUCGAAAAUGAAAACGAACAAAUUUCUUUGGAUUUAAGUGUAAAGUGAAACGUUUAAAAAAUAAAUAAAUGUAGCUUAAUAUGAACACAUUUUAUGCACCAGAUGAAUGUUUUCUGUUAAAGCAUUCUCUGAAUAAGAGCAUACUGUAUAUUGUAAUUGAAAGGAUAAUAUGUGAAGUUACUGGGUUCCAAUGGUGAAUUUGAUAGGAUGAAAAUCUUCCAACCAAAUUUCCCCUAAAACCCAGUAAAUGAGGACGUUCCUUAUAAAUAGUAAACGUGAUCUGAAAUCGAGAUUAGGUGGUCUUUAAGCUGAGUACAAAGCUGAAUAAGAUGUGUAGAUCUUUUGUAUUCAUUUUGCGUGCCAAACCAAACGUUUGCAUGCACUUAUGAAACACAGACACUAACAGUUUGAAUGAGUCUCAAGUCACACAUUUGCUGAUGAAUAAGAAUAUAAUGCUGUUUGUGUUCUUUUAAGUCCACAUUGUGCAUUUAAUAAUAUUUUUUCACUUUCCAUUAAUGCAUAUGAGAUGUUUGUUAGCAAUGCAGAAACUGCACUGCUUUUUCCGUCUACAAGCACAAAAAACUUCACUGACACUUUAUAACAUCUACAAUGAUCUUUACAUGCAUUCAUUACAUUAUAUAGUUAAAAUAGCUUAUAAGGCAUAAUGCAGAUUGGGCUUUAUUAUUUAUGAUAAUGCAUUGCACUUUAUUAUAUCUGUUUUUACACAAUAUUGUAUUAUUGUAUAUUGUAUUUUCUUUUUUUUUGUUCUCUCUUUUUUUCUUACUUGUUAUUUAUUAUUAUGGAUUUUAAUUACAUUUAUAAUGAUGUAAGGGUAUUAUCUGUAAACUGUAAAAAAAACUUUCUAAUGCAUUAUGUAACUGCAAAAAGGUGUAAAGCAUUUUCAUAAAUAAUAACAAAAAUGUGUGUAAUGCCUUAUGAAUGGAUUAUAACUGUCAUGGUUUAAUAAUGCUAUUAAAUUAUUAAAUCAUUUUGACAGCCUUCAUAGGUUUUGGUUUGCACAUUUUUGGUUUGUGUGCCGUAGUUUUUUAUUUAUUUAUAUAAGAAAGAGAGAGGACAACCGUUCCUCAUUUACCAUGCAAAUACCUUGCUGACCUCUUUUGCUAACCAGUUUAGCUUAAUGUGUUACCCAAGUUUAGCAAAGAUAAUGUGCUGAUCGUGAUGUUUGUGAUGAUUUUUAUUUCUGGCUCUGGUUUAAAACAAUGCAGAUCAUUUGUAUGGACAUGUCAGGGUAUAUGUCAUGCCAUAUUGAGACUGAAAUGAUUCAUGCAUUUAUGCUGCCUUCUUAAUGUUGUAUUAUACCUCAAACUAACAUAUUGCAAGGCAUAAUCCUAAGAUUGUGUGGCAUUUGCAUUCCCUGAUAUGCAGAUGAGAAACUGAUGUGUGUCGUGUUAACACGGGGUAAUGAUAAACUUGUAUAUAUGGAUUGUGUUGUUGCUCAGGAAUCCUAUAUAAAAUCCGGGGUUUCGAGCAGAGCCAUACUGUACGCUCUAUAUAUAGUGCCUCUGAGUUUUAUAACACACCGAUGAUACGGAUACCUCACACUGCUGUAACUGCAGCUGGAUAAAUAUGCAGGCACCUGAUUAAACAAUGUACAAUGUACUGGCUUUCUAUUCUGAA